AUGGCCUCUGGGAGAAUUCAAAGGUGGGCGUUAUAUUUAUCUGAGUUUGAUUAUCAAGUGGUACAUAUUAAAGGUAAUGAUAAUAAAGUGGCAGAUGGACUUUCUAGAUUACCUGAUAAAGAUUAUGUAUUAAUUCAAACAAAAGAAGUGAAUUAUGUUGAUUUUAUGGAAAAUACUAUGCCUAUUGAUUAUGAGAUACUUAGAGUAGAAACUAAGAAAGAUAAAGAGUUUAGUUUAGUUAUUAAGUUUUUGAAUGAAGGUUGGCCGAUAAAAGUAAGCGAGGAACUGAAACCUUAUGCAAUUAGAAAGGAAGAAAUUUGUGUAGAUAAAGAUAUAUUAAUGUGGGGGUAUAGAAUAUUAAUUCCUAAAGUUCUGAGGAAGGAUUUAUUGAAAGAAGUACAUUCAACGCAUAUGGGUAUGUCUAAAAUGAAAACAUUGUGUAGAUCAUACAUGUGGUGGCCUGGAUUAGAUAAAGAUAUAGAAAAGUGGGUACAAAGUUGUGAUGCUUGUUUACAAAGUAGAUCAGAACCAAUUUUAGCUGAACCAAAAAAGUGGGAGAAAGCGAGUUGUCCAAUGGAUAGAAUACACAUAGAUUUUCUAUAUUUACAAGGUAAAAACUAUUUGAUCAUGACAGAUAUAUUUACAAAAUGGCCAGAAGUAGCUGAAAUGAAAAUAUUGAACAGUGGUUCGGUUAUUGAAAAGUUAAGAGAGAUAUUUGCUAGGUUUGGAUUACCGAACAAAAUUGUGUCAGAUAAUGGACCACAAUUUAGAUCAGAGGAGUUUAUACAAUUUUGUAAAAAUAAUAUGAUUAGGUUUGUAACGUCCCCUCCUUAUCAUCCGGCUACAAAUGGAUCGGCAGAAAAUGCUGUUAAAUCUUUAAAAAAUGGUAUAUUAAAGGCAGUUAAGGAUAAAAUAAAUAAAAAUGUUUCUUUAAAUACAUUAAUUCAAAGAUAUCUACUGACAUAUAGGAAUACACCACACUGGAUAACUGGUGAGUCACCAAGUUAUAGAAUGUUUGGAAGGAAAAUUAAAACUAGAAAAAUAUAUUUUAAAGAAGGAGACAUAGUUUAUGCUAGGGUUUAUUCCAACCCUAAUAAAAAAGAGUGGAAGAAAGGAACAGUCGAAGAAGUGUUAGGUGAUAGAAUAUAUUUAGUUAGAUUAGAAAAAGGAAAUGUGAUAUGGAGAAGACACGUUGACCAACUAAUAGAAGUAGGUAAGAUAAAUGAAAAGAGUUAUGAAAUAGAAGAAAAUGAGAAAGGAGAAGAACAAACAGAACUGGAGGAAAAGAAAAUUAAUGAGGUAAAAGAAGAAGCUAUUGAUAAAAAAAAAUAUGAAAUAAAUGAAAGUUUAGAAAAGGAAGUAGAAGUUCCUUUACCAAAAAGAUCUAAGAGAAAAAGAAAAAAACCAGAUAGGUUGAACAUAUAA